AUGUAUUACAAGUCACUCUUCCCUGACCUGCCAAAGGUCCCAGAAUCAAACAUCCACCACUUGAUUUUCAACCGGCCUGACCAGCAGGAAUGGCCAGAUUACACUUUGUUCGUGAACGUAGCUACUGGCCAGCGGCGUUCGUUCAGGGAGUUUGUCGAGCGUGUCCGCGAUGGCGCAACUGCACUUGGUGCUGACGUAGUGCAGGGUGGCUUAGGUCUGCGUCCAGAGAAUGGAGAUGUUGUAGGCAUCCUGAGCGAGAAUUGCCCGGACUACAACGCUCUGAUUCAUUCGCUACUAGCCAUCACAGUCCCAUUUGCGCUGUUCUCAUCCUACUCCACUCCGUACGAGUUCAAACACGCCAAUUCACUCGUGCAGGCAACUAGGAUCUUUACCAGUCCCUCGUUACUACCACUCGCCUUGACCUCGGGUCUUCCUGCAGAUCAGAUACACCUCCUGGAAGGAGAGAAUAAUGAUUACACAAACUACGAUCAGCUCGUCUCAUCUGCUCGAAAGAGUGGUAUUCCACGGCUGCCAGUCCGUGAUGCUAAUAAGGACACUUUAGCGUACCUGGUCUUUUCCAGUGGGACCAGCGCUGUCAUGAUAUCCCACGGAAACAUUACCCAUGCCACCCUAGGACUGAUGGUGUACGGUAUGGAAAUGGCUAAAAUCAUAGAGCCACCUGUAUGGAACGCGCCUGAUGGGAUCCAAGUAUUCUUCAAUGUCCUUCCAGUCUACCACUCUGUCGCCCUCUUCACGACCAAUUUCUUCAAUUUUCUUCAACCUUCUACGACAGUCAUGCUACCAAAGUGGAACAUCGAUUUAUUUUUCGACAGUGUCUCGAAAUACCGCAUCACGACCAUAAGCCUUGUCCCAUCACUGGUACACCAGCUGGUUCACCAUCCCCGCUUUGAAACUGCCGAUCUGAGCUCAAUUAAAUCCAUUGGCAGUGGUGCUGCGCACCUCCCGCCCCAGCUCGCCGCCCAGCUUUGCGCCCGCUUCCCAAACAUGGAAAGAAUUACUGAAGGCUACGGUUUGACUGAAUUCACGGUGACCGUCUCCGUGACACCUUUCCCUGGCAUGCUCAAUGGACGCGCCAAGAGGAAGCCCGGUUCUGUCGGGAUUCUCGUCCCCGGUGUUGAGGCUCGCAUUAUCCGUCCCGAUGGGUCCCUCGCAAGCCACAACGAGGCAGGUGAACUCCUCGUACGCGGGGGUGCAGCGGCGCUGGGAUACAGGGGGAACGACAAGGCGACGCGGGAGACAUUCGUCGACGGGUGGUUGCACACGGGCGACCACAUACGGAUCGAUGCGGAUGGACUUCGAGGACCGUACCAAGGCAAGCUUGUCAUCUACACACCACUAGACACACUCAAGAUCUCAGGGGUGCAAGUCUCCCCUGUCGAAAUCGAGGAUACGCUCCUGGCGCAGCCUGACAAGUUCAUCACUGAUGUAAGUGUCGCGGGCGUUUCGGGCGGGCGUACCUCGGACGAACGCAUCCCGCGUGCAUGGAUUGUGCUAUCUCCGGCAGGCGCUGUGCUGGGUGAGAAGGAGGUUGUGACACGGCUCGAUGCGUGGGUGCAGGAGCGACUGAGUCGGUUCAAGUGGUUGAGGGGAGGUAUUGGCAUUGUGGAGACGAUUCCAAAGUCGCCGACUGGGAAAGUGUUGAGGCAGAUAUUGGUAAAGGAGUAUGAAAGCAAGGUGGAAGCGAAGGUGAAGUUGUGA